AUGGACCCUCACUCCCGCUUCUCCCACUUCAACUCCCGGCAGACAAAGGCGGGCCCCCUCGCCUCUUCAUCCCGCUUCAUGGACCCCGCCAAGCUCCCCAUCUCUCUCGACGGCUUCACGUCCAAGAAGGGUUCCAGGACCCAAUCUACAUCGAAGAAGCCAUCUUCUGCGGCUCAGGCUACGCUCUACGUGGAGAGACCGAUAGUCACGAACUCACGAAUCAAGCAAGAUGAGCAAUAUAGGAAGGACAUGCACCUCGCCUUCGUGAAUAACGCUCUCCAGCAAAAGUCAAUGGGCAUCAGUGACGCAUUCGAUGAACUGGUAGACCAGUUUAAUCCAAGGAAGAUCACCCCAGACGCGCCUUCCCCCGCACCUCAGCUGCGAUUGUGGCUACUAGCACUAUCCCAUGUCGUCUCUCGACUGGAGCGUGUUCACUCGUCCCUAGUGGAAGCCAUCGUUACUUUGCCAUGGACGACGAUGGACACGGGUUUCGCCAGGACGUAUACAAACUUCAUUGGCAUGCUGGUCAGUGCAAGGCCGGAAUAUUUGUCUCUCGUAUUGGGGAAGAUAGCCCAGGGGCUAACCUACCAGUCGGGCUUACAAGCAUUGAAUGCCGGUAUGCCCGAAAGCUCCUCGAAGCCCCUCACACGGCGGAUUGUAUACGAUCGCAUCCACUUCCUCUUGCGCCACCUGCUCUCUCUGGUGCCUACCCUCCCUUCUACUCUGCAACCGCUUCUGGCCCGCAACUUUCCGCAUAAACGGCAGGACCAAACUGCGCAGGUCACCUACAUCCGCAACCUCCUCCGGGUAACCGACUACUGCCCCGAAAUUGCGGAUCGGAUUCUAGCCACUGUGAUUGACCGUGCUAUCCAGAUUGAUGUUGAGAUCCAGGUUGAGCUGGAGGAACUAGAGGAGCAGCUGGAAUCACAGGAGCAGAAUGAGAUGUUCGAGCUAGAUCCGUUCGAUACUGUACUGGGUCAGGAAGGGGAUGAAAGCGAUUCAGACGAGGAGGACGGCGAGGAUGACAACUUGAGUGACCUCUCGUCCGACGCUGGGGGUGACCCGGACGACGAAACGGACUGGCAGGUGGACGAGACGACGAACUUUCAACAUAUACAGGGCAUGGUUAACAAGCUCGACUCCAUCCUGAAGAUCAUCUUCGACCACUUUAACCAGACCCAUGCCAUCAACGAUCCCGUACUCAAACUUCUUCCAUCCACUCCAUCCUCACGAUCGGACUCUUCCUACUUUCCUAACGAACCCCCACGAGCCAUCUCACCUGCAACCCUCGAAGAAGGCAAGGCUCUUCGCCGCGCCCAAUUCAACACCCUCCUCUCUAUCUUCGACCGCACGAUCCUCCGCACCUUCAAGUCGCGCUACACGCAAUUCAUCGUCUUCUGGUACUCCUCGCUCGACCCGGAGUUCGCGGACCUCUUCCAGGGCAUGCUCGUCUCCAAGUCGCUGCUCGAGGAGGACCAGCCGGCCGUCACACGCGCCGCCGCGGCGAGCUACAUCGCAUCCUUCGUCUCGCGCGCCCAAUUCGUCGACCGCGACGGCGCGCGGCGCGUCGUCGCCGUGCUCUGCGACUUCUUGCGCGCGCGCCUCGACAUGUUCAUGGCCGCGGCGAAGGCGGGCGUGCAGGGCAUGCACAUGCACGUCGCGCAGCACAGCGUGUUCUACGCGGUCGCGCAGGCCGUGUUCCUCAUCUUCUGCUUCCGCUGGCGCGAUCUGCUGGAGGACGUGGACGAGGUGGACGAGUUUGCGCCCGCUCAGGGUCCACCGAAGAAGUGGAUGCCGGGCCUCGACGUCGUAGAGCGCGUCGUCGCAUCCGAGCUCAACCCGCUCAAGGUCUGCUCGACGAAUGUCGUAAUGCAGUUCGCUCGCGUCGCGCACGCGACAGGGUUCAUUUACUGCUACUCGAUCAUGGAGGCGAACCGCCGCUCAGAGUAUGCGCCAUCGACCCCGGGCGCUGCGAACGGUGCUGCCAGUGGGCGCCUGCCCAAGGGCCUGCGAUUCGAGCACUCGAUGACGGCCGAACUCAACACAUUCUUUCCCUUCGACCCGUACAAGCUCCCGCGCUCGGGCUCGUACAUCCAAGGCGUCUACCGCGAGUGGUCGUCGGUUGCCAUCGACGACGAUGAAGACGAAGAUGACGAUGACGAUGAAGACGAGGAGGAAGACGAGGGCGCGGAUAAUGCGGAGCAUGAGGACAUGGCGUCGUCUCAGCCCGUUGGCAUUCUCGUCAAUGGCGUACGGGCGCCAUCGGAGACGUCAGACGAUGGGCUCGGACAGUCAUUCGGGGGUAUGAGCAUCAGCCCUGCGCGAGCGGCGCAUCUGCAGCAGGUUAUCGUCGCGUAGUGGUCAUUUUCUCUCUCUUUGGGCUACUGAGGCGCAUUCUUACAUCUACUGCUGUGUUCGCUGUGUCGUUGCUACAUGUUCGCUAUAUAUGAUAUACAAUCCUAGGACC